AUGGCGUCUCCAAGCAAGCGGCGUGAUAUGGACGUGAUGAAGUUAAUGAUGUCGGAUUGGAAGGUCGAGCUCGUAGAAGAUAACAUAAGCGAAUUCCACGUGGACUUCUAUGGGCCGAAAGAUAGCCCCUACGAAGGAGGCGUGUGGAAGGUGCACGUGGAGCUGCCGGACGCUUACCCUUACAAGUCUCCAUCCAUAGGCUUCAUGAAUCGGUGCUAUCACCCAAAUAUUGACGAAGCGUCCGGUUCCGUGUGCUUGGACGUCAUCAACCAGACCUGGAGCCCAAUGUUUGACCUCGUCAACAUCUUCGAGGUGUUCCUGCCGCAGCUGCUGUUGUAUCCCAACCCAACCGACCCACUGAACAGCGAGGCGGCGGCGCUCCUGAUGCGAGAGCCGCUAGCAUAUGCCAACAAGGUCAAAGAUUACGUGCAGCGGUACGCCCGACCCGAACGAGUGCUAGGGCACAACCCGGCAGCGGUGAACAACAAGAGUAGCGACGACGAGGAGGCGGAGGUGGAUGGCGAGGGAGACCAGAAGAUGGGGGACGGGGAGGGGGCCGGAGAGGAGGAGUCGGAGGGGGGGUUCCUUUCCUCGAGCGAGGAGGAGGACAGCUGA